AGUACCCCUAUGUAUCCAUUCAAGCAAAUGUCGGUAGGAGAGGAUGUGAUCUACGAUAGCGAAAACAUUCCCAACGGUUUGACGACGGACACCCUAUUGUCGAAGGACAGCAAAGAUGUCGAAUUGAAUGGACGUAGUGUGGAUGCAGAACGGCAAAGCCUUCGAUCCGGCACUUAUUGCAAAAGUGCAUGCGUUUCACAAUCUCUGAGUCCAGUAUUCUUCACUUUACAAGUACUCGCACUAUUUCCAAAUCCGAACUCGAAGAGAAAACAUCGUUGGAGGAGAAUUACGAGACUGGUUUUCAUGCUCAACUUUUCUGCUCUUGCUCUACUUUUCAACACUUACCUCCUCAGUAAGAAUCUGUGGCUCAUAACUGCUUAUCAGGAACGAUUUGGAUUGAUGCAUGCAUCCACUGUUUCAUGCAUCAUCACAGGCAUUAAACCAAUGAUCAACAUUUUCAUCAUUGGACUGUUUGCGACUCGAGUACGACAACAUUUGCGAUUGAUAAAGACCCUCGAUGGUAUCGAUGCUUGCUUUCGGAACGCAUUCUCCCUUACUCCACCAGUCCGCUGCUAUUCCGCCGUAUUCUUCGCUGUCAUCGCCUUAUUUACUGCCCUACCGUUCACAUUCAGAGUCUUUGAAUUUAUUUAUACGGAUCAAAAGUUCGGAACGAGUGUGAUUCAAGACACUUCCUUCAUCAUUGUUCCUGUACUCACUUUAUGGAAUCUGAUACCUCUUCUGUACUACGACCUGUACAACCGAAUCGUACGGUUCUACAUCAGGACAUUAAUAAAGUCGAUGAACAUGGAGCAUAGAAAACGUCGCUUUAGUCUAAAGUUCUACUAUGACCAAUUUCUCAGGAUUACAAAUGUUCAGGAAGAAGUGGGUAGAUUGUUUAAUCCAUUUAUUCUUUUCUCUUUGGCCUGGUCUAUACUAGUACUGUGCUUGACAAUAUACUUCAUCACGCAGCCACAUUCAAGUCUCCUGCAGCCUAUCACGCCUGAGCAGAUUACUGUACCAGAGAUCAGACGUAGGCUAACGAGGAGUGUCCAUUUUACGAUUUGUUGGGCUGGAUUGCAAGUGGUUGUAGCACUCAUGCAUAUUUGUCUGAUCUGUUAUACAGGCAUGAGCACAAAUGAAACUACUCGAGGCAUAACAAAUGCUGUGCUACGGAUAGUUCCAGCUACAAAUGCAGAUCUUGAUCGUUAUCAGCUAACCUGUUUUGUAUCGAAAAUGUCCACGCAAUUCAUGUGGGGAAUGACUGUAUGGAGAGCUUUCCCGCUGGAAAGGACCACCUUCUUCACUCUUGUAUCCGUCAUCGUCACUUACGCGUUCCUUCUGCUGAAACUGAAAGAAAAUCCAGCAAUGACGCCAAUAAUUCGUUCCUUCGUCAUCCACAAUGGAACAGCUUUGACAACACCGAAGCCAUGA